AUGGCGCCCGACAACCUACAAGAGAUCUUCGCUCAGCGCGCCGUCGAGCUGCGCGAGUACAUAUUCUCCCAGCCUGCCAGUAACUUUGAGAACAACCCCUGGGCCUUAGCUGAUGCUAUCGAAACCUUCUCCAAUGAAAAGGGCCACAUGAUGAUUUUCCGCUCAAAGAAGCUUGAUGUCGCCAAGGCCGCUCUCGUCGCUCAGCAGCCUGCUCCCCGUACAAUCCUAGAAUUCGGCACCUUUGUCGGCAAGUCGGCUCUCGCUUGGGGUGCUAUCCUCCGUGAUAUCCACGGUGAGAACGUCCCCGAGGAUGUCAAUGUAUACACUUUCGACCCGAACCCCCUUAUGGUUGCUCUCACACGGGACCUGGUUAAGCUUGCCGGUGUGGAGGAUGUCGUACAUGUGCUUGAGGGCCCCGGCUCGGAGUGCCUACAGAAGCUUGUCGACGAGGGCAAGGUUACUAGUGUUGAUAUGGCGUUCUUCGAUCACUGGGAGAAGUUUUAUCUUUCUGACCUCCAGCUUAUUGAGGAGCUGAAGCUUUGGCGCGAGGGAUCGCUGGCGAUCGCUGAUAACACCGAUAUGCCUGGUGCGCCGGAUUACCUGGCUUAUGUUAAGGCCGGUGGCAGCGGGGCUGCUGGUGCUGUUAAGUAUGAGAGCAAGUCUUACGAGACUGAAGGUGGACGUGGCCCGAGUGUUGUUGAGAUUAGCACGGUGCUGGCCACCAACUGA